UUGAGUUCCAAAAGAGUAAAGUGGCCUUUUGGAGCAUGAGUAGAAAGAGAUGGAAAAAGUAUAAGCCACACUCUAAUGCCAAAACCAUGCUCCAUAAAGUAAACAAACUACUCCAUGCUCAGCCUCCUGGGAUGCAGACAACUCCACACAAGUCUUGUUCCUUGUUUGCUCCACUUUUGUUUCUUCACCCUGCUAUUUAACUCUUACUCUCUAGCCUUGUGUUGAUUCUUGUGUUAGUGUUAGUGUUUGUGGCUCAUGGAAAGCAGACAAAUUCCAGCAUUUGGGUUAUGGAAUUCUUGUGAACUUCAGGACUUGUACUUCCAGUCUGCUUACAAGUUAGAGUUCAGUGAAGAUGGAGAUCUAAAAGCUAAUUGCCAACUUCACCAUUCUCAAAAGUUUCAAUAUGGAAGGAACAGAGUUAAAGAUGUUGAGAAGAAGGGUAAGAUACAGAAUCAAAGGAGGCAUAGAAUUCCCAUGGCUGUUGAUGAGGACUUGUAUGAGAUUCCACCAGAACUCCUCUACCAAAAAUCCAACAGGAGGAGAUGUGUGAGGAGUUUCUGGUUGGGAUGUUUGGGACUUAACUGCAUUCCUUAAUAAAAGCUGAAGUUCUGGAAUUGCAGUUAGCCCUCUUGUUUUUUGGUGCUUUAAGAUAAUGUGUUUUCAGCAGUGCUUGUAUGAAAAUGGUUAGCAUUUUUCAGAGGCUUCUCUCCACUUGUUCAUGUGAAAAUAUUUCAUAAGAAUGACUG